AUGCGAUUACCACUGGAAUUAUCACAGUUAUUACCGGCAGUGUUAAGUUUGCGUUUAUGGACAAGAGAGAAGGCUUCGUCAAAUUGGCCACUUAGGCGACCACGAUCAUACCGUAGGCGACUAUAUGAUGCAGCAUUGGAGCCUAUGGUACCUAAGGUUCAGAAUGUAUGCCGUUCAUACAAGGAAGUUAUCGAUUCGAUUGAAAAACUCAAGUCUUCUUACUCAGCAUUUGAUAUGGCAUUGGUACAACAUAUUAGGGAGAAAAUCAAAAAUGAGGGCUAUCAAGUUAUGGGUAUUUGUCAUAGGCUCGCUGUGAAACAGCGAACAGAAUGGCUGACUCGGAAUCAAUUACGGUUAAAAGGCCUCGAAUUCCGGGAUUAUGGUAAUCGAAUUCUAAAGAAAGUAUUCGAAGACACUCCGCUUCAAUCACUAAAUGAUACAAUACUCAUAGCUACAAAUGCUCAACUUUUUGGCAAAGAUAUAAAUGCGAUUAAAGCGAUUAUAACUGAAUGCGAAAAGAUUGACUGGCUGACUCCAAUAGCUGUUGUUUACGGAUCUCGAAUAUUAUCAAUAUCAGAAGUGAAAGAACUGUGCAAAUUACCAUCACUAGAAGAUCAUCGUGCUCAAACAGUUCAGCUCUUAUCGGUGCCACCUAACGAACUAAUUUUAAUACUUAAUUAUCAUAUCAUGGAUACGAUUAGAAUCUUGGAUUCUAUUAAGGAUCAAAAGGAGUCACCAUUGUAA